AUGAGGGCGCUACUGCGCGUCGGUUGCGGCGGGAGUGCGAGAGGCCGCCACCUGUGCACAAGCAGCGGCGCAGCGCUGGCGCACGCCCGCCUCCGGGAGCAGCUCGCAUCGGUCAAGCAGCAGCUGCGCAGCCUUGAGACUGCGCACCCGGAACUGCGCGAGAGCCGAGAUGGCCUCGAGGACGAGCUUAAAACGCUCGUCGCGGCAAAUCCCGAUUUGCGCUCGGAGCGUCACGCGAGCGAUGCCUUCGCACCGCCCAAGCUGCACCACAUCAACGUCGUGAGUCGCGAGGUGACAGGCCUGCUCGAGUUCUACAGGGAUGUGCUGCGCAUGGAUGAGAUGCCGAUCGAGAUGUUUCCGCGGACAGGCAUGACUGCCGCGGGCGCCGGCUCGGACGUGCCCAUCAGCUUCACGACGGACGGCCACAUGCAGAUGCACCUCGCUACGCGAGACCUCGGCGUCGCCUUCCGCAGCGGUGAGGCCAUCAACCCGAUCGGCGUCGGCCCGAUAGGCCACAUCGCCUUCCGCACCGAUGACAUCGACGCCUUCAAGCGCCACCUCGACGCGCACGGCGUCCAGUACGCCGACUACGGCACGCGGUUCGCUCGCGACUGGCACCAGAUCUUUUUUCUCGAUCCGGAGGGCGUGAUCAUAGAGGUCCACGCCGUGCUCAGGUGAAGAGGAAUAUCGGACGAGCUUGUUUGCGACCCACACCCGACACCUUGCACAUGAAGCAUGGCUGCAUGGUCUGGCCGCGCACUGCGCGAGUCCUAGCGUGCGUCUGGCUGCGUAUAAAGCCGUACUGAGGGACUCGUCGACGUGUCAAAUGCUCA